AAACCAUUAAAAUGGAGUCCGGUAUACUGACCAAAGUACUCAAUGACUUCUACACCACAGUCGAGGGUGAACUUAGUCUGUCCAAGGGCGAAUAUUUUCUGAUCCAUAACGUCAUCGAUAAGCACUGGUGCUAUGGAGUGUCGAAAGACAGGUGGGGCAGUUUUCCAUGCAAUUAUCUCCUCAGAGUUGAGGUGCCUCAGUUCAAGGAGGCAGAGAGUCUUUUUGUGUCGAUUGCUUCUUUUCGAGGAGAACAACAAGGGGAUUUAAUUUUUGGCGAAGGUGAAUUGAUUAUUGGAACCCAUGAAGUAGAGCCUGGAUGGUACUCUGGUUAUAUUGAUAAUCGAACAGGAGUUUUUCCUCUGACGCACGUUUGGAUUGUCGAUCUUACAGUUCUUAAGAAACCAUCGGACAAGAAAUCUGUCCGUAGAAAAGCCCGCGUGAAGACGACGUUGAAAGCCCAGUUGGAGGAAGAACUCGACUUGUCAGAAGGUGAGAUAGUUACAGUAACCGAGAUCCUUGAGGACGGCUGGGUGCUGGGAUAUACCUCUGACAACCGCACAGGAACUUUCCCAGAGGCCUUCAUCACCUACCUGGAGACGAUGGACCAGCCAGACAAUGCUUCAGGUUCCCUGGACCCUAUUCCCCAGUCAAUCACCUCUGGUGGAAAAAUCUACAAGGACUUCGGUGAUUCCACUCCCUCAUGCAGCUACUCCGAAGAUGCAGCACCAUCUUACUACGACCUUUUCCCAGAUACUCGACCCUCCGACAAUUCGCAGCCUCCCACCGUCUCUUUUCCUUCUACAAAUCCAAAAGGAUCCUCUCCCCAGCCAGAACUCGACAAUUUAAAUCCUCUGGGUGUCCACCCCUAUGCAAUCACCCUUUAUCCCUUCAACGCUCAAUUUCCGAACGAAUUAAAUUUCGAGGCAGGUGAAGUGGUGCACCUGCUGCGUCAUAUUGACACAGAAUGGGCAGAAGGCACGAUAGAGACCUCCAAAGGCCUCUUCCCCACGUCCUACGUCAAUAUAAUCGUCGACUGCAGGAAUUCUCCUCCUCCCGAAGCCCCCAAGGAGGAUGCAGAGCAUCUUCCCUUGGAAUCCCUCCACCCUGGAGAUUUAGCCACCGUAGAAUAUACUUUCAACGCACAAAUGAGUGGAGACUUGAGUAUAAAAGAAGGGGACUCCGUAACGAUCGUGGAAAUGGCCAACGACGACUGGGUAUCUGUGAAAAACACCUCUGGAGAAGUUGGACUUUGCCCCAGAGGAUAUCUCUCCAAGCAGCCCUCGUCUCAAGCUUCUCUGGAGCUAUGCGAGGCCGUAGUAAUUCGUCACGAACGAUCAAAGACACCAGAGGAGCAGAACAUUCGGAGAAAGUCAGACCCUCAUCGUCCAGCACCUCCUGCUCCAGCUCCAGGGUCCGUUCCCCUGCAAAAAAGUCUUGCCAAUAAUCAGGAAAAAAAUCAAACAUCAAAUCAGGAGGAAAACGAGACUAUAUCGACCAGCUCUCCAGAACCCUCUUCAUCGAAGCAAAAGAGGGCAGAUAAACGUCAGAACGUCAUCUCCGAAUUGGUGAUAACUGAAAAAGAAUACGUGAGAGAUCUGAAAGUAACUUACGAGACAUUCAAUCUGUAUAAUCCAAGUCUCCUGGAGACUCGUGGAAUCGACGUGGUCAUUCUUUUCGGAAAUAUUCUGGAGGUAAUUCACGUAGCAGAGGAACUCCUGGACGCGAUCCUCCGAGCCAUGAAGGGAAAGGAUGAGAAUGUCCAGACUAUAGCUCCCUGUUUUCUCGUUAUGAGAGAUAAACUCCAGACGACUUAUGGAAAAUACUGUGGGAACCACGAGGCAGCUCUCAGUCUCCUGAAGAAAUACGAGGAGAACCGCGAGAUAAUGAUCGUCUUCGAGAAGGGGAUAGAGACCCUUCGUCACCAGGUCGUCUGCUUCGACAUGAGUUCCAUCCUUAUAAAACCCGUCCAGAGAAUUUUGAAGUAUCCACUGAUGCUUUAUGAACUUGUCAAAUGCACCGAGGAUGAUCAUCCUGACAAACAGGGGAUCGAGCAAGCGUGGAAAGUUAUGACUGAAGUAGCUUCCUACAUAAAUGAGUACAAACGACGUAAGGAUAUCGUUUCAAAGUACCUUGACACCGAUAACACUCUGAUGGCGAAGAUGUCCAAGUUAAGUAUGCACUCGGUUGCAAAAAAAUCAAGUAGACUCAGUGCAAAACUGUCAGCGAGCCUUGGAAUAACGAAUAUCCCAGCAGAUCCAGUAUUCGAGGAGCUCGAGAGGCAAUUUAAAGCCCUCGAAAAAUGCAGCUGGCAAUUUGCUACAGAUAUAAAUCAUUGCAUGUAUUAUUUAAACGAGGAGACCGAUUGUGCUGAAUUAUUAUCAGAUUUUCUCAAUCAAUAUCAUUACGGGAGCAAUGACAAUGAGGUGAAACGCUUGAGUGAAGCCAGAAAGAGUAUUUCCUCCCAGUUUAUUAAUAGUUUAAAGGAGACUAUUGAAAAGAGGGUGAAUGAACCUGUGGCUUGUCUCAUUAAUCUACUCGAAGGCCCUGCACUGUUAAUUACUAAACGAGGGGAUAAAUUAUUGGAUUAUGAUAAUGCUAUAUCGAAGGGGGAGAAGUACAGGGAGUCCAGGGCUGUGCAGGAGGAAUUAGCUGAUGCUAGGAAUAAUUAUGAGGCUUUGAAUCAACAAUUGCUGGAGGAGCUGCCUAUUUUUAUUGAAGCAGGUACUUCGAUCAUAGCCACCUGUAUCGAGGCCUUUGCCAAUGCCAGGAAACUAUUCUCUGGGAGAAUUACCAAGAAGUAUUUGACACUGUCGGAGUCUGCGACUCAGGUGACACCCCAGGAUCUUCUCCAGUCAUUUUUGAUUAAUCAUAAUUUAUUGUGGAAUCAGAUAUCGAGGUUCAGCUUUGCUGGGGUUAAUCCGAAAGUCGAAUGUCCUACUGUUGAGGUAUCUAAUCAGAAUGAGAAGGAUAAGAAGACACUAAUGGGGAAAUACCACAGGAAUAGUUUGUUUGUUGUGAAGGAUAAAGUUGUUAGUACUUCAUCGUUCGAUUUGGGAGCAGCUAGGGGGACUGUAGUAGCUGUUAUUAAAAGACAGGAUCCUAUGGGGGACACUACGAGAUGGCUUGUUGAUAAUGGCUCUGUUAAAGGAUUCAUUCACAACAGCAGUCUGGAGCCCAUCCCUCAACCUCGAUCACCCCAAAAUAACAACGAUGUCGCUGACUAUGGAAAUGUUCCUGGGGAUCUAAUGAGUCUGGAUUCACCUGUUAAGGAAAUAAAAGAAAAUUUGAUCAGCCUUGACUCACCUAUCAAGCAGAGCAGCUCCUCCAUUUCGUUGCAAAAUUCUCUGUAUGAAAAUUUGGGGGAUGAUAAUGAAAAUCAAAGGGUUGGAGUACAACAGAGCAGAUAUCAAAAUUUGGGAAAGGAGUUUUAUUACGCUGAAUUUAAUUUCGAGGGAGGCAUUCCUGGGACACUACCUGCCAAGAGAGGAAGAGUACUCAAAUUAAUUAGACCACAUGACGAGAAGGGAAAUGGAGAGUGGUGGCUCAUGGAGGACAGGGAUGGUUGUUCUGGGUAUUUUCCGAAGAACUAUCUCCUACCCUUGGAGAGCAAUAAAUCCUAGCCAUGAUUAACAAAUGCUUGAGUUAAUUUUCUAUGAAAUGGUUUGUUUUUUUAUGGAGAAUGAACUGUUUUCAUGCCUGUGAUAGCCACGUGCAGUUUUUGCGAAAUGCCAACUAUUUUUUAUUCGUAUAUUGGGGACCCUCUGUGUUUGCACUAGAUGUGCGAUCACUGAUAUUAUUUAUUUAUGUUAUGAUUUUUUGCCAUUUUGUGGAGAAAUUAUUAUUGUAUAUAUGAUAUUCGUACUUAUAAGGAUUUAUGUGUACAAUCUAUUUCGAAGUCUUUAUUUUUAGUUUCAUCGCACCUAGUGUAUAUUAUGAAAAAUAUAAGACCCAUUUAUUUUUCAAUCAUUG